AUGCUGGGAAUGUGUCGUGGGCGCAGGAAGUUCCUACUGGCCACCUUCGCCCUGCUCUUCGUCCCAGCGCUCACCUGGCUCUACCUCUCUGCCGCCAACUUCCAAGUGAAGUCCAUCCCCCUGUCCCCUCUGGAGCCCCACGUGGCCACGGCGGCGCUCGGAGGGGACCGGGGCCACCUGGCGCUGGAGGUGCGGGUCCGGGAGGUGGAGGAGGAGAACCGCGCCCUCCGGAGGGAGCUCAGCCAGCCCCCCGGGCGCCACGGCAACCAGUCCCGCACCUACUCCACGGAGGAGGGCACCGGGGACAACGAGGGCCAGCGAGCGGUUGCCCCCGGCAACGGCUCGGACUGCGCGCAGCAGCCCCCCGUGGACAAAUGCGAGACGAUUCACGUGGCGAUCGUUUGUGCCGGGUACAACGCCAGCAGGGACGUGGUGACGCUGGUCAAAUCUGUCCUCUUUCACCGGCGAAACCCCCUCCACUUCCACUUCAUCACGGACUCCAUUGCCCAGCAGAUCUUGUCCUCCCUUUUCCAUACCUGGAUGGUCCCUGCUGUCCGUGUGGACUUCUACGAUGCAGAUGAACUCAAGUCCGAAGUGUCAUGGAUUCCCAACAAACACUACUCUGGCAUCUACGGGCUCAUGAAGCUGGUGUUGACCAAAACCCUGCCCCCCGACCUGCAGCGGGUCAUCGUCCUCGACACCGACAUCACCUUCGCCACCGACAUCGCCGAGCUGUGGGCUGUCUUCCACAAGUUCAAAGGUCAACAGGUGCUGGGACUAGUAGAGAACCAGAGCGACUGGUACCUGGGAAACCUGUGGAAGAACCAUCGGCCAUGGCCUGCCCUGGGAAGAGGCUUCAACACAGGUGUGAUCCUGCUGCUGCUGGACAGGCUGAGGAAGCUGAGGUGGGAGCAGAUGUGGAGGCUGACAGCAGAGAGGGAGCUCAUGAGCAUGCUGUCCACCUCACUGGCCGACCAGGACAUCUUCAACGCGGUUAUCAAGCAGAACCCCUUCCUGGUGUACCAGCUGCCCUGCUUCUGGAACGUGCAGCUCUCCGACCACACGCGCUCAGAGAAGUGUUACAAGGACGUGUCUGACCUCAAGGUCAUCCACUGGAACUCCCCUAAGAAGCUGCGCGUGAAGAACAAGCACGUGGAGUUCUUCCGGAACCUCUACCUGACCUUCCUGGAGUACGACGGCAACCUGCUACGCAGAGAGCUCUUCGGCUGCCCCAGCGAGACCGACCACAACAGCGAGAACCUCCAGAAGACGCUGUCCGAGCUGGACGAGGAUGACCCGUGCUACGAGUUUCGGCGGGAGCGCUUCACCGUGCACCGCACGCACCUGUACUUCCUGCACUACGAGUACGAGCCGGCCAAGGACGGCACCGAUGUCACGCUGGUGGCCCAGCUCUCUAUGGACAGGCUGCAGAUGCUGGAGGCCAUCUGUAAGCACUGGGAGGGCCCCAUCAGCCUGGCCUUGUACCUGUCGGACGCCGAGGCCCAGCAGUUCCUCCGCUACGCCCAGGGCUCCGAGGUGCUGAUGGGCCGCGGCAACGUGGGCUACCACAUCGUCUACAAAGAGGGCCAGUUCUACCCCGUCAACCUGCUGCGCAACGUGGCCAUGAAGCAGGUCAACACGCCCUACAUGUUCCUGUCCGACAUCGACUUCCUGCCAAUGUACGGCCUCUACGAGUACCUCAGGAAAUCUGUGGUGCAGCUGGACAUGGCCAACACCAAGAAAGCUCUGGUGGUUCCCGCCUUUGAGACGCUGCGCUACCGCCUGUCCUACCCCAAAUCGAAGGCGGAGCUGCUGUCCCAGCUGGACAUGGGCACGCUUUUCACAUUCAGGUACCACGUGUGGACAAAAGGCCAUGCCCCCACCAACUUCGCCAAGUGGAGGACGGCCACCACGCCGUACCGGGUGCAGUGGGAGGCGGACUUCGAGCCUUAUGUGAUGGUGCGGAGGGACAGCCCGGAGUACGACCGCAGGUUCGUGGGCUUCGGCUGGAACAAAGUGGCCCAUGUCAUGGAGCUGGACGCCCAGGAGUAUGAGUUCGUGGUCCUGCCCAACGCCUUCAUGAUCCACAUGCCGCACGCUCCCAGCUUCGACAUCACCAAGUUCCGCUCCAACAAGCAGUACCGCGUCUGCCUCAAGACCCUGAAGGAGGAGUUCCAGCAGAACAUGUCCCGCCGCUACGGUUUCGCCGCGCUCAAGUACAUGACUGCGGAGAACAACAGCUAGGGCCCCGGGGCUCCAGGGCCCCGCCCGUCCAGGAUCAGACACUGCCCUCUGUCCAGGGGGGGUAAGAAGACUGCAGCCUCCUCCGGUGAGGCAUCACUCACGGGGUGUCAGGGGGGUGGGGGCAGUUGGGACCACCGUGGGUGAUGAGGAACACUCAGAAAAUCUCAGUACACCCCAGUCCUGCUGCAGGGAUCUGGGAGUGCUGCUGCUUGUUCAGACAUUGAGUAGAUCGCAGAGGCUAACUGUGGUUUUGUGGAUCCGCCUUGAUGAAACGGGUUAGGGAAACUGGUUUUAGAUUCACUGGCUGUUUAGGUGUUCAGUCUUGUGGGUGCUCAAAGCUCAUUAAAGAUGUUUUAAGGAAAAGUGAUGUGGUGAAUGGAAAAAAGUUUCAUUAAGCCCAACACACCAACAGCAUAACAUGCCAAUAAUGUGAUAGUCUUCAAUAGCACGGGGAAGUAAUUUAUAUUGCCGUCCAAUAACUACAAACACUGUUCUCCUGCUGGUUUUGGUUUUCAUUGAAUGUUGUAGGUGUAUGUGAAAAGGAACUGCUUCACUGGGAUUAGCCUUGAGAGGAGUGGCCAUAGGAGGCCUUGGCCUAUGUAUGGUCAUAUGGUCACACGGUCACACACACACACACACACACACACACACACACACACACACACAGCAACACUUUUCAUUCAUAUUCAAGUGUGCGUGCCAGUUGAGUGGGUAAUUUUAAAGGUUUUAAUGUUUUGUUUAUACCAGACAGUAACUGCUUCAAUCUCCAUUAGAAUUUGAAUAAAGGAAUUCCAUGGUUUGACUGUAUAUAAUGAAAACAUUUCUCUCACUGAAAAAGGGAAUUUAGAGUCCGCUGCAAAGUGUCUGCAGAGAAAUACUCAGUGGACUGUGAUGUUUAGACACUACUGAAUUUAUUUCAUAAUAAACGGCUGAUAUGAUCAGAAUACAUUUCCUGAAUCGCCACAGGGGAACUGCAUUGACAUUUUUUACUUUUUGCUCAUUUUGAGAAACUUGUUUAUCUGUUUGUUUGUAUAUUUAUCCUGUGGGAACUUUUCUGGAUGGCUCAGCAGUUAGUACUGAGAGACUCAGAAGCUUCAUGCGUGGCCUCAAGGACACUGAUCUGUGGAAAAACUGCUUCUGUCUACGGAUGCUUCAAGAGAACUGGUCAGAGUGCAGGCAGUCGUCUUCUGCUGGCCUCGACAUUAACUUCAUGAAAAGGUCAUAAACACUGGAAUAGACUGCAGUUCUGUGGAUGGAGUGAGCCCUUUGGUCCGGGGGUUGUCUGCUUUUCCCGGGAGCCCACUGUCCUGACGCUCCCUUUGUGGUCCUGGUCACCCUGCCAGCUGCCAGCUGCUCCACCUGACUGUAUCACACUUAAGAGUGACACUGGAGUUCUCAUUUCCAGUGGAGCCGAAGGAAGGACAGUAAUGACUCAUUUUGUUUUUCCUUUUGUUUCUCAGUAUUAAGUAUCAGUAUGUGUUUACAAUUUUAUGGUCUAAAAUAAGCAAGCAAGCCACUAAUAAAUGCACUACCCACAAACCCUGGGGCUGGAGGAGGGGAGUCUGCUCUUACAAAGCCUGGUCAAAGGUAUCCAUGUUGUGUGCCCUCAGUCAGCAAAACUGCACAGAAGCUGUGGAGCUCAGCUGGGCUUCAUUAGAUCUGGAUCUGCUGACGAAGAGCACAGAGAAUUGGAUCAACCCAUCCACAUACUAUUAAGAUCAGUGGAUAUGCAGCAUGGUUGGGAUGCCAACAAACUCACCCGGUGAGACUGGUGCUGCAGUUGCAAUGUAAAGUGGACAGUAUAGCCAGCUUUAAGUGAUAAUCAGGCAACUCAAAGAUAAAUUUGGCAGUAUUGAGCCUGAAAUAGCCAUCUCUCCUCUCAGCCAUGAAUGAGUAGCCCUUGCUGUAAGCCAAUGGGGUGAGUUAAGUGUAGCUCCACCUACUGGCUAACAGUGCAGGAGCCCCAUGUCUGGCCCAGUCAUCGUCUAUGACAAGACCUGGCAGAUGGAGUGCGGGGCUUGGCUGUGUGCGUAUGUGUGUAAGUGGGCUCUGUGUGUGUGUG